UUUUUCCCUCUCACUCGUUAACACUUUUGUGCCGACCGAUGAAUCAAAAUUAGAGUAACAGUGAAACGCAUUCUUCCCUCAAUCGUUCAAAUGCAAGAUUUCUUCGGCUCCGUUCGUCGAUCGCUUGUUUUCCGUCCUUCUUCCGACGACGAUAACCAGGAGAACCAGCCUCCGUUUCCCGGUGUUCUCGCCGAUAAGAUCACCUCUUGCAUCCGCAAAUCGAAGAUUUUUAUCAAACCCUCCUUCUCGCCUCCUCCUCCUGCUAACACUGUAGACAUGGCACCUCCGAUUUCGUGGAGGAAAGGUCAGUUAAUUGGUCGCGGCGCGUUUGGUACGGUGUACAUGGGUAUGAAUCUUGACUCCGGGGAGCUUCUCGCCGUCAAACAGGUUCUGAUUGCAGCCAAUUUUGCUUCCAAGGAAAAGACUCAGGCUCAUAUUCAGGAGCUUGAAGAAGAAGUUAAGCUUCUUAAAAAUCUCUCCCAUCCUAAUAUAGUUAGAUAUUUGGGUACAGUGAGGGAAGAUGAUACCCUGAAUAUCCUUCUCGAGUUUGUUCCCGGUGGAUCGAUAUCAUCGCUCUUGGAGAAAUUUGGACCUUUUCCUGAAUCAGUUGUCCGGACAUACACAAGGCAACUGCUUUUAGGGUUGGAGUACCUGCACAAUCAUGCAAUUAUGCACAGAGACAUUAAGGGGGCUAAUAUCCUUGUGGAUAAUAAAGGAUGCAUUAAGCUUGCUGAUUUUGGUGCAUCCAAACAAGUAGCUGAGUUGGCUACGAUGACUGGUGCAAAAUCUAUGAAAGGGACACCAUAUUGGAUGGCUCCGGAAGUUAUUCUUCAAACUGGACAUAGCUUCUCUGCUGACAUAUGGAGCGUCGGCUGUACAGUUAUUGAAAUGGUGACUGGGAAGGCUCCUUGGAGUCAGCAGUAUAAAGAGGUUGCUGCUAUCUUCUUCAUAGGAACAACAAAAUCACAUCCUCCAAUACCUGAUACUCUCUCCUCUGAUGCAAAAGAUUUUCUGCUCAAGUGUCUGCAGGAGGUACCAAAUCUGCGGCCAACCGCAUCUGAGCUACUAAAGCAUCCUUUUGUUAUGGGGAAACACAAGGAGUCUGCUUCUACUGAUCUUGGUUCUGUCCUGAACAAUCUUAGCACUCCACUACCGUUACAGAUAAAUAACACCAAGAGCACUCCAGAUUCUACUUGCGACGAUGUAGGUGACAUGUGUAACUUUGGCAGUUUGAAUUAUUCACUUGUAGAUCCUGUGAAAUCAAUCCAAAACAAAAAUUUAUGGCAACAAAAUGAUAAUGGAGGUGAUGAAGACGAUAUGUGUUUGAUAGAUGAUGAGAAUUUCUUGACAUUUGACGGAGAAAUGAGUUCUACCCUUGAAAAAGAUUGUCAUCUGAAGAAGAGCUGUGAUGACAUAAGUGAUAUGUCCAUUGCUUUGAAGUCCAAAUUUGACGAAAGUCCUGGUAAUGGAGAGAAAGAGUCUACAAUGAGCAUGGAAUGUGACCAACCUUCAUACUCAGAGGAUGAUGAUGAGCUGACCGAGUCAAAAAUUAAAGCUUUCUUAGAUGAGAAGGCUGCAGAUCUAAAGAAGUUACAGACUCCUCUCUAUGAAGAAUUCUACAAUAGUUUGAUCACAUUCUCUCCCAGUUGUAUGGAGAGUAAUUUAAGUAACAGUAAAAGAGAGGACACUGCUCGUGGUUUCCUGAAACUGCCUCCAAAAAGCAGGUCACCGAGUCGGGGCCCUCUUGGUGGUUCACCUUCAAGAGCAACAGACGCAACUAGUUGUUCCAAGAGCCCAGGAAGUGGAGGUAGUCGUGAAUUGAAUAUUAACAAUGGAGGUGAUGAAGCUUCACAGGAUGGUGUAUCAGCACGGGUCACAGACUGGAGGGGUCUCGUUGUUGACACUAAGCAGGAAUUAAGCCAGUGUGUUGCUUUGUCAGAGAUAGAGAAGAAGUGGAAGGAAGAGCUUGAUCAAGAACUGGAAAGAAAGCGACAAGAAAUCAUGCGCCAAGCAGGGUUGGGAUCAUCCCCAAGAGACAGAGGCAUGAGCCGACAGAGAGAGAAGUCGAGGUUUGCAUCACCAGGAAAAUGACUUGCACAAAAAGUCUCCGGCUUUUUGAUUUUUGAUUGCUCAACUAGUAUAUAUAUCUGUAACUCUUAUCUUGCUGUGAUGAAAAGUAGACACGAGGUUUGGUCUGAAUAUAUGAUUCUGAACUGGUUGUUGAAGGUAUUAGAUGUGUGUAAUGUGAGUGUCGGGUGCAUAUUUAAGUGCGCUACAAAUUGCUAA